AUGGAGCAGCAGAAGGCCGAUAUGGGAGUUGGUGGAAGCACCAAUGUUCAAGUUGGAAGAAGGAAGAAGCUCGACGGCAGCCGAGGAGGGGAAAAAGAUCAAAAAGCAAAAAUAAAAGCCACUGAGAGGGGACCUGUCAAGUUGGAGCAUCGUUGUCGGAAGAGAGUUAACAGAACUGCGAUUGAAGCCAAGCCCAACUGGAGUUUCGAGUCUCUAUUGUCGGAGGUCGAUUCGUUCGAGGAGAAGCUUAGUUGGAUGCCCAAUUUCUCGGAUAUCCGGAUCAAAAUCAACCAAAUGAUGUUUCUCUGCUUUCAGAUUCCUGCAAGUUACUGUAGCCAGCAAAUGACGGAGGAAAUGGCCUUCUUGGCUUACAAUCGGGCUCUUAAGCUUAUUUUAUGGUGGCACUUGGCAGUCAAUGAUGUUGUAACAGUUGCUGAUAUGAAGUUGUGCCAGCCAAUGAUGUUCAUCAGUAUGGCAAAGAAGAAGAAGCUCAGCAGAUCGAAGGUUGAUAGACUUAGUAAGCUUCCUGCUCAUCUGAUACAACUAAUUCUCACGCCCUUGCCCAUUAAAGAAGCAGGCAGAACAAGUAUAUUGUCAAGAGAAUGGAGGCACCAUUGGAGAAGUAUCACCCGCCUUGUGUUUGAUGAUGAGUUUUUCGAUUCACCGGGUUAUAAUUCUGAUGAUGAAAUUAGUGCAAAUAAGCUAAUGUCGAACGUCCAGGAAACUCUGCAGGUUCAUGAUGGGCCUAUCACAGAGUUUGUGCUUUCAAAUCCUGAAUUAGUAACUACUGUCAAGAUUGGCCCCUUGAUUUCUCACCUUUCCGGAAAAGGGGUCUCGGAUCUUUCCCUUCUGUACCGUAAAUACUUUGACUCGCAAGUGUUUGAACAGGAGAUCGACUCUUCCCUUUUUCAUGCAGUACAACUGGAUAGGCUAAGUUUGGAGGGGUGUAAAUUCACGGUACCAUCUUGGUUUAUGGGAUUUGCAAGGCUGACAUCCCUUCAGUUAGAACACGUAGGUUUGCCGGAUGAUUUCUUCCACAGUUUCCUUCUGAAGUGUCCGCUGCUUGAAGAUUUGAGGGUUUUCUACUUUGAGGGUCCUUAUAAUCUUGAACUUGUAGCUCCUCCGUGCCUCAAAGUGUUUACCCUGAUGGCUUUUGGUUUAGGAAAUAUUAGCAUCAAGUAUGCUCCGCUGCUUUCUGUGGUCUCAAUCCAAGCAGAGGAAAUUGCGUAUAAGAGUCUUGCAACAGACAUGGUCUCUGCAUUUGCUUCUCUCCCUUCACUGGAGCAGUUGUAUAUCAGCUCCGAGUGCCUGAAAUUAAUGGCUGCAGAUCCUAUUCCAUACAGACUUCCUACUGCACUUCACUGCUUAAAAGUUCUUGACAUCCGCAAGUAUGAUAAGGAUGACAGUUUUCUUAAGCAGGAGGUUCUCCUUUGGCUCAUUAGGAGUUCGCCCAACCUGUAUAAACUUACAAUUCAGAUGCAACGUCGAGGGGAACUGCAUUUUACGAGGAGGGAUUUGAAGCUCUCAGACUAUGAACCAGAUACCGAUCUCGAAGCUAAAGAUGGUUGUUGUCAGCGUCUUGAAGAAGUCAACAUUAUGCUCGGUGGGGGCUCUCAAGUUGAGCUAGACUUGUUGAGGUUCGUGUUGGCCAAUGGCCCGCUGCUGAGAAGGAUUGUCAUUGAGCCUGUGAAGGAAAUGAGUUGGGAAGGAUGUCUCGAGUUCUUAGAGGAGAUUAGACAGUAUGAGUGUGCUUCAAAAAAAGCCGAGAUCAUAUAUGUGAAUGAGUCUAAUCGGAUAGUCUUUAGGACGAGAUUGGCAAAUCUUUAGCUUAUAUAAUCCAUACGCCUUGGAUGACUGGCAAGCCAUGCUUUCGCUUUGCAGUUUGUGUUGACGAGUUGGAAUUUUUUCAGUACUUUGAAUGAACGGUGUAAGGACUCUAUCCUAUCCUAGUUAAUAUUCUGGUCAGUGGUCACAAAUUCCUACAUAGCUCUACUCUUGUACAUGAGAAAGAUGAAACUAUUCUGUUGGGCGAUACCUUCA